UGAUCACGUGAUUAAAUUUUCUCCACCUUUCUCCACGUGUAUGAAUUAGUAGGGCAGACAAGAUGAAGCUUGAGCUCUGCCAUUUUAGUCAGCAGAAGAUCUACCCCAGUAGGGGAAAGAAGUUCGUCAGGGUUGAUGGCAAGACCUUCAACUUUGCGAAUGGGAAGAGUGAGAAGUCGUAUUUCAUGAAGAGAAAUCCCCGAAAGACCAGUUGGACUGUGGUGUAUCGUAGAAAACACAAGAAGGGUACGAUUGAGGAAGUCUCCAAGAAAAGAACCUCGAAAAAGACCAUUAAAUUUCAGCGUGGAUUUGGUGGGGCAACUUUAGAGGACAUCUUGUCAAAGAGAAACCAGAACCCUGAAGUAAGAAAGAAGCAAAGAGAGCAAGCUAUCAAGGCUGCAAAAGAGAAAGCUGCUUCAAAGAAGAAGUCUGAAGUGCAAAAAGCAGGCAAAUCGGCUCAGCAAAAGGUACAGAAGUCAUCCAAGAAGCAAACACCUCGAGGUAGCGGUGGUACUAGCAGAGGUGGACAAAAGCGUUAAACUUUCGUUUCCCAUGAUGCCAUUGUAUUGUCCUUUCUAAUUUUAUUGAUUGAGUAUUGAUGUGUCAGAAAACAA